CCUGUUUUACCUUAGCAACCGUGAUAGCUUUGACCUAUAAAAUCCCAUGAAGAUUAAGAGGAGAAUAAUUAGUGCCUAGCAUGAACGAAUAGGGAUUACAUUACAUUUGUCCUUGUUCGAGACCUCAAAUUCAAGAUGUCAGAUGCAAGGAGCGACAGUAAUGUCAAUCAUGUGACGAGAACCAACCAGUUGGAAGCCAGUCGCGUACUGACAGUAACCAUAGUGACAUGUGUUCUGGUUGCGAUAAUUGCGCUCAUCAUCUCAGCCGUCGCAAUCUCCAACCCUGCUGGCUCCGACAUAGCAGUCCAGGGUACAACGGCAAAUAUUCAGCAAAAUCAGCCUCCCAGUAGGGCCUAUGACGCCAUCAACCGAUAUCAGGCCUCAAACAAAAGGAGAAUUUACACAAUUGCCGUUGGAUAUGAUACUGGGCCUUAUGUAUAUAAAGACGUCAGCGGAUUUCCAAUUGGAUUCAUUCACGACUUAAUAGACGCAGUCUGCCUGGAGGCGGAUAUGGAUUGUAGGACGGUCACGGACCAAUCCACCAAUUGUAUGAUCUCGGAGAGAGGGCAGCCGAUGCGCGGGGGGCAAGGACUUAUGGGAGGUUGGUACGACGCCUGCACAGGAUGGCUGGCCACACGUCAACGGAAGCAGAUUUUCGAAUUUUCGAAGUCGUUUCUGAAACCUCUUGAGCCCCAUUUCUACGCCUUUCCUGGAUUUAAUCCAUUCAAUAUCACUGGGAAGAAAAUGGGACUGGUAAGCGGGGGUUUCACUAACGAAGCCUGCCUAGCUGGACUAGACCAAGUGGCUGGAAGAGACGUCCCGCACUCCAACAUUUUCCAUGCACACACGCCUGACGACCUCGUGGCUAUGAUCCUGAACCGCACUGUAGACAUGGGGUUUAUCAUGAGGUCUGUGAUGGAUAUCAAAAUAUCUGGCACUAAUAUCCAACGGUAUCCAGAGUACCCCCUCUUCUGUAAGAAUGCCGGAGCAUCAGCGAUGAUGACCCGUAAGGAUAAUGACUUCAACACUAAGUGGAAUGAAGGGUUUGAGAAGCUUGUUUCUUCGGGGCGUUUCAAACGCUUAUGUGAAAAGGCAGAAACUGAGCACGGUCACCGCGGUGAAAUUAUUGCGCGGAUGCCUAAACAACAACAUACAGCGUCACCUUCGCCUUGA